GGUAUGAGCAAUGUGAAUAGUUCUUCUACUCCUGACUAUGAUUACCUGAUUAAAUUUCUGGCUCUUGGGGACUCGGGUGUUGGUAAAACAAGUGUGCUGUGCCAAUACACAAAUGGCGUUUUCAAUAAAAAAUUUAUAUCGACUGUUGGAAUUGAUUUUAGUGAAAAACGUGUUGUGUACCGUUCUCAGCAUUCAGAUGGCCUUGCAGGGAGAAGUCAAAGAGUUCAUCUGCAAUUAUGGGAUACUGCUGGACAGGAAAGGUUUAGAAGUUUGACAACAGCUUUUUAUAGAGAUGCCAUGGGCUUUAUUUUACUAUUUGACGUCUCAAAUGAACAAUCAUUUCUUAAUAUUCGUAACUGGUUAGAGCAAUUAAAGACCCAUGCUUACUGUGACAAUCCGGAUAUUGUGCUUUGCGGCAAUAAAGCUGAUUUAGAGGACACACGAUUUAUGAAAGAAGAAAAACUUAGAGAAGAAGCAGAGAAGUAUGGGCUUCCAUAUUUUGAAACUAGUGCAAUUACUGGUCAGAAUGUCACCAAAGCAUUUGAUACCCUUUUGGAUAUGGUUAUGAUGAGAAUACAAAAGACAGUGGAUGGAGGCACCCUGCCUGGAAGAAGACGUGGGGCGCCAGGUAUGCAAUUGCAAUCUGAGGGACAGCCUUCCCAACAAAAAUCCUGUGGAUGUUGACUUUAUAUAAAUAAAUUAAUAUAUAUAUAUAUAUAUAUAUAUCCUAAAUGCCAAAAAUCCUAAGGAAGCAUUUAAAUUUCUAAAACAUAUCUCUUUGUGCACCAUGUGUCUUGUAUUUUCCUAUCUGUAACAUUCAGCAAGCAAGGGUGUCCAGUGAUAUUGAAAACAGAGAUUCUUUCACCGUAAAUAUUUAUGUAUAAGUUGAAUCACCACCUUUAGACAGAAUUGAUUCAUAUAUGAGUUGAUUUUCUACUUUCUGAGAAAAAUUGAGACACUUGGCAGCAUAAUUUAUUUUUAAAAAUAAACAUUUUUUUUAAAAAGUGAAAUAUAGUAGAUAGUUUUAUAAUUGGAAAAGUGCAAUUUUUCAUACACGUGUAUAAAAAGAUAUGGCAAAUCACUAAAAGUUCAUUUUUGCAAUAAUGGUUUUCAUAAAUUUUUGCUCUUUAUCUUAAUUAAUAUGAAUAAAGCUUUGCUUUUGAAUUUCUCAUAGCCUCAUAACAUUCAUUUUUUUAAGAAAAAGCUCUAAUUUCCCCCUAAUUGACUAUACAGGAAAAUCUCAAAUUAAGAAUUCAGUAUUUCCUCACUUUCAUAUAGUUAAGCCAGUGCUAUAAUUGUGUUCUUUAAUUAAUAGUCAGACAUUAUAAAUCAUUUCAGAAAAUGCCAGUAUUUAAUGCUUUAGUGUUCAGUUAAAAGGUUUUUCAAAAAAUCGGAACCUUUUUACAGCUAGUUUUAACAGCUGAAAAGAAACACCACCACUAUGAAAAUUUUCAAAACUAUCAACCUUUAAGCAUUAUGCGUAAAAAAAUCUCGUUGUGACAGUAUUUUUACUUCCUUUUACAAAAAAGAAAGUAUUGUAUUCGCGAAAAAAUUUUCACUCAAAAAUCGACUUUAAUUUCCAUUUUGCUCACCCCUGAAUGAAUGAUGAGUUUUUUUCGACCCAACCACACGUGCAUAUAUACCUAAGAAUGUAUAUACGCCUGAAAAAUCCAUUUUGACAAUUCUCGAGUUAAUUACAACCAGUUUUCAAAAAUAAUGUAAGAAAAUCAGCACAUUAAAAAUUUUUUUGCAAAUUUUCAUUUUCCCAAAAAGUUGAAUUUUAAAAUAAAUAUUUAUUGCCCUACUUGAAGCAAAAUUUACUCAUGAAUUAUUGUAACAUAUUAACUCAUUUAUAUCCAUUUUUGGUACAUAUAUGAGCAAUUGGCUUACUCAAUUUUAGUAACAAUAUUUUAGUAUGUUUCUUGUUUGUCCUUUUAAUGAUAUUUUUCUGUAUUGUACACAAUACAAAACCAUUGAAUUAAAGUGCAAGAAUA